ACAGAACGGGCAGGUUGCAGGCGCAGCCGCCAGCGCUGCCGAGAGAGGCGUGAGGGGUGCCGGGGGCAGGGGCAGGUGGAGCCGCAAUGCCCAGCGGGAUGCCACGCUCUCAGGUGGGCCUGGCUCAGGGACGCAGCGGGGCUGAGCCCAUGGGGUUUGGUUGUCUUCUCCAGGCCAGGCACCUGGGUGGGAGUUUUAGCAUCAUUGCCUGGAGCUCGUCCGGCCUGAGCUGAGAGCGGCUGCUGGGAUGUGUAAGGCCUGGUGGAGCUGAGCUUUCCCCGAGGCUGACAGUGGGGACACAAAGCUGCUCGUGAGCACGAAGCUGAGCUGGGGACGGAGGUGCUAGCCGCAGUGGGGAGAAAGCAUGCAGCAGCCCCGGCGCCGGGCAAGGUGAGCGCCCGCCCGGGCGGGAUGCGCCCCGUGCCCUGCAGGAGCUGCUGGUGACAGCAAGUGGGAGAGCCGGGAAGUCAGAGCAAAGGAAUUUGCAAACACAUUCUUCAGCGCCACGAGGAUCCCACGGCGGUAAACAGGAAUAAAGGCUGGGUGGAGGCGGGGGCUGCCCCCCGCGGCACUGCCCACGUUUCUGCCACAGCCCCCCCCCCCCAAGCUGCCUGCCCAGGCAACACCUGGCACCGCAGGCAUCCAUUUGCCAUUUCUGACUGCAGCCUGUCCGGUGUGGAAGUGCCAGCGGGGGCAAAGGGGGGAGCUGCCAAGUGGCAGGCAAUGUCACGUUAACGUCCCGUGAGGCGCCGCGGGGAGCAGACGCUUUGAUCGCCUGCCCGAGAGCGUCCUCAAAGGCGGGCGCGGGCAGGAUGCGGCCGUGAGCGCCGCUUUCCCCUGCGCGCCUCCGGCACCCCGGGGUGGCCGGAGAAGAGGGGCGCAGGGCCCGCACGUCCCCCAUGUCCCCAGGAUGUCCUGUGCCGGCAGCUGCCCCCCUUGCUCCUGCUUCAUGGCCAGAACGAGAUUGAAAGCGCUGCAUGCUGCCGGCAUGUUUUAGCCUCAUGCAGGCGUCCCUUGGAGACCCCAGAGCAGUGGACAGUAAUGUGAAAACCAUACUCAUGUCGUGUCUGAAAGGGCAACAGGUCAUCAUUAAAAUGGAGGCGAUGAAAAUCAUCCACCCGGAGAAGUUUUCAGAGCUGCAAGCAUCGCAGCCACGCUACGCACCGGCCCCACGCCGUGAGCCUCCCCUCGUGGCCAAGCGCGCGUGGCCCUCCGAGUCUGAGAUCAUCGUCAACCAGGCGUGCGGGGACAUCCCGGCGCUGGAUGCCACCCCCGGUCCCCUGCCGCUGCCCCGGACUCCCCCCCUGCCGCGGCGCGAGCGCGGGUACCAGGGGCAGCGGAAGGGCAGCUCGGAGGUGUGCUACCACCGGCAGCCACCGUCGGACGAGGUGAUUGUCAACCAGUACGUGCUGCACCCCUCGACGCCCUGUGAGCCCCUCGAGUGCCCCACCUGCGGCCACAUGUACAACUUCACCAACAAGCGGCCCCGUAUCCUCUCCUGCCUCCACUCGGUGUGCGAGGAGUGCCUGCAGAUCCUCUACGAGUCCUGCCCCAAGUACAAGUUCAUCUCCUGCCCCACCUGCAAGCGGGAGACCGUGCUCUUCACCGACUAUGGGCUGGCGGCGCUGGCUGUCAACACCAGUAUCCUCAACAGACUGCCGGCCGAGGCCCUGGCCGCCAACCCCGUGCAGUGGAGCAGCGACACCGACCGCAGCUGCUACCAGACCUUUCGCCAGUACUGCGGGGCCGCCUGCACCUGCCACAUCCGAAAUCCGCUGUCUUCCUGCACCAUCAUGUGAGGCCCACGCCCGCGCCCUGCCCCAGCCCGGCCCCAUCGGGGAGAGGACCGAGGGCGGUGCUGUGCCCCGCCAGCCCCCGGCGAUCCAGCUGUGCAGGGAGGGAUUUGCGCUGAUCCUUCGUACAGCCGCGGACAUGGGCUCGCUCCCACCCUGGGCUCGCCAGCGCUGGUGGUGGGGAUGCUGCGCUCUGGGACAUGGCGUGGAUCUGGUGGCAGCCCCCCACGUGCCAGUGGUGCUCAGGGAGAGGGACAUCAGGAUCGGGGUCAUGGCACACCCCUGGGCAUCUGUGGCAGCCCCGCUGCGACCAGCAUCGAGCAUCCCAGGGGCUUCUCCCUCCUCUCCCGAGAACGGACGCUCAGUCCCACCGGUGACACCCUACCCAUCGCCCUGCAGCUGGUGGUAACGGCACGAGGGGCCCCGCAGAGGCACGGUGCCCAGCACGGGACAGGAGCAGGUGUGAGAACAGGCCCCCAUCACCCCCUCUUCUCUGUAAGUUAUUUGCCAAAGCUUUCAUCUCAGCGGCCAAGCUGCUGUGCGUCUGAGUUGCCGUAGCCACGCCAAGCCGCUGCACCGGUGCGAGCAGACACGCGGCCCGUUUCCUCCGCAGGCCCCUGAGGAAAGCUCCCGUUUGUCCUCGUUUUGGAGGAUUCUUGUUUUUCCCUGUCUGUCCCAGGCCGCUGUGUGUUCACCAAGGCAUUGCGCUGUGCCCGUUCUCUGUGGCUCCAUCCACCCAAGGCUGCGAGGGACCCUGUGCCCUACACUGAUGCCCCGUGGGGCAGCAGCCGCCUGUGCACGGUCUUGCUUUCUCCAGGGCAUCUGGAGGGGGAAGUUUGCUGCC